CAUAAAGGCUUUUUGCGAGCACAUGCAAUAAGGUGACUUGACAGCAAACUAGCAUAUAUAGCUAGAGCUGGUGUCUCUUUAGCUAGCUAGCAAAUAAGCAAAGGCCACCACCGCGCACCUCGCCUCAUCACUUCUCUUGCUUCGUCGUCGGCGGCGGCGGCCAGAGCACGCGCGAGCUAGCUGCUCGCGACCGCGUACGUGAAAUUAAAUCCGAUCCGGCAGGCCGGCGAUGGGGCCGUUCAUGAGCGCCGAGGAGCUGGUGGUGACGCUGGCGCCGGUGGUCGUGUACUGGGUGUACGCGGGCAUCUACGAGCUGCUGCUGGCGCGCACCACGGUGCUGGACAAGUACAGGCUGCACUCGAGGCGGGAAGAGGAGACCAAGAACAUCGCCUCCAGGAAGGACGUCGUCAGAGGGGUGCUCCUGCAGCAGGCCAUCCAGGUCGCCAUCUCCGUCGCCGUCCUCAAGCUACCGGGACACGGUGCUGCUGCCGCAGCCAACGCCGACGGUCUCGCGGCGCCGCCGCCGGCGGCGGCGGCGGAGCCGUUCCUGGUGACGGCGACGCGGUUCGGCGUGGCGAUGCUGGUGUACGACGCGUGGCAGUACUUCAUGCACAGGCUCAUGCACUCGGUCCCCUAUAUGUACCGGCGGUUCCACUCGUGGCACCACCGCGUGGCGGCGCCGUACGCGUACGCGGCGCAGUACGGGCACCCCGUGGACGCCGUGCUCACGGAGACGAUGUCGGGCGCCGCCGCGUACCUGGCCUCGGGGAUGUCCCCUCGCGUCGCCGCGGCCUUCUUCAUCUUCGCCACCGUCAAGGGCGUGGACGACCACUGCGGCGUCGCCGUGCCCUGGAACCCGUUCCAGGCCGCGUUCCAGAACAACACCGCCUACCACGACGUGCACCACCAGCGCAGCGGCGGCCGGUGCAACUUCUCCCAGCCCUUCUUCGUGAUCUGGGACCACCUGCUCGGCACGCACGCGCCGUACGUCAUGAGGCACAGGGACGGUGGCGGGCUCGUGGUCAAGGCCUUCAUCAAGGAUCGUAAGAUGCAAUAGUUGCAGGCUGGCCGCGCGCUAGCGCCACGCUACCCCAGCCUCGUUCACAGCUUAGGGUUUUCCCUUACUAAAUUUUUGUCAGCUAAAUUUUAAGCUAAACUUUCAAACACAUCGACUAAAAGGAACUAAAAUAAUUUAGUUUUACUAGUCACUUAAAAAUAGAUAAAAUAAUUUUAGCUGGCUAAAAAUUUAGUAAAGAGAACCAAAUAGAACCUUAGUUUUGGCUCGUUUCACAAGCAGGGCAGUAAAAAUUUUUUAGGUGUGAUAUCAGCUUGUAUAAUGUAUUGAUGUAUGUAUUUUUUCGCGAUCCGGACAUUUCAUUGAUGUAUGCAUUUCACAUAUGAUGAAUGUAUUUCACAUAUAUAUACUAAUAUAUAAUACAUGUAUUAUGUA